AUGUCACUUAUUUUCAUGAUGUUUGAUCGUCUGAGAGCUCGUCUUUUACUUCGGAAAAAAUCGGAACCAUCAUUUGCAAAUGAUAAUGCAAAAAACGAACCAGCAGAACGAGAAGAAUGGGAUCGACCGAUAGAAUUCUUUCUUUCAUUGAUUGGUUGUUCGAUUGGUCUUGGUAAUGUUUGGAGGUAUCCAUAUAUUGCAUUCAAGAAUGGCGGUGGUGCUUUUAUCAUACCGUAUUUUUGUAUUUAUUUUCUAAUUGGUACGCCGCUUUUCUUUCUUGAAAUGUCAUUGGGUCAAUUCACUAGUAGUGGCUCAGCAGCUGCGUUUAAGAUGUCACGAAUGUUCAAAGGACUUGGUUGGGCAACAGCCAUAAAUUCAUUUUUAGUUUCCAUCUAUUAUAAUGUUAUAAUAGCUUGGUGUCUCUUCUAUCUUUUUGCUUCGUUUCGAAGUAAACUUCAAUGGAGUGAUUGUGGAAAUUGGUGGAAUACUGAACGUUGUGCUACUACAGGAAAAUAUCAGUUUCUUUUUCUUGCAAACAAUUGA